AUGCCGGUGAAGAGGAGCAGAGCCGUGAAUCCGUCGAGUUGCGUCGACGCGACGGUCGCAUUCGCCGCCGGAGGCGGCGCCUCGGCGAAGGCAAUGAAAAUUGACGGCGCCUCACCUCCACCUCCGACGCCGACUCCGAGCUUCACGACCGGCGCGUCUCCGGUGAGAUCGGGGGAGCCUGAGAACGCGAGGAUUGGUGGAUUUCUCGAACGGUGCCACUACUGCAGGAAGCGGAUUCCUCAGAAUUCUGAAGUUUACAUGUACAGAGACCUCUGCGCAUUUUGCUCUACCGAAUGCCGUGAUUCUCAGAUAGAAUUGGAUAUAUUGACCGAGAAAAAGCCAUAA